AGCGCCAGCACGUUCAGUCACUGCUAAGAGUCCGUUUCUCUCACUCCUCAAGUUACGCCAUUACACACGUUUCUUUACAGAGACAAAAAAUCCCGUUCAACAUGUUUCCGUGAUCGCGUUCAAUCAUAUAACACUUUAUUGUUCACAUCCUCGCGUGGGCUCGGAACUCGAAUGUCGCGACACGACGCCCGACGACACAUCGCGUCGGUGACGGCUGAACAUGUAUCAGUUUGAAUAUCGAAAAGGAUUAUAAAACGAAAAAGUUUUUAUGUAACAGUCGGAGUGUGUUGAGGAUGCAGUGUUAAACAUAGUGUACAUUGAGAUAAUUAAUAUUUGUGAAUAUUAUAACGGAUAUGCCUGCGUUGCGACGUCUGGCAUCGAGUGUAAGGAAAAAGAAGUCACUUUCACCGGCUCAGUUUCCGAGCCAGUUGCACACUUCCAUUUAUUUGAUGCGAUAACGUUUUAGAUGCAUCUAAGCUCAGUCCAGCUGUGCGCCCUGUUGAUGGUGGCGGUGGUGGCGGUGGUGGUGGCCGCGCCCCCCUCCACGCCUCACCACGUCGCCCGUCGCUCCUUCUUCAACCUCCAGUGCAAGGGAGUCUACGACGCCGCCAUCUUCGCUCGUCUGGACCGCAUCUGCGACGACUGCUACAACCUCUUCAGGGAGCCGACGCUCUUCACCCUGUGCAGGCAAGACUGUUUCACGACAGAUUACUUCAAAGGCUGCGUGGAAGUGCUCCAAGAGACGGACCAGCUAGAACUCUUCAAGACGUAUAUAAAACAAUUACACGGAGCGGAUCCAGGGAUUUAGGUCGAAAUGCUUCACGUCGCCCUACUUCAAGGGCUGCAUGGAGUCCUUGUACCUCUACGACGAGGAGGAACAGCUUGAUCAAAUGAUCGACUUCAUCGGUAAACGCUAACGCACACAAACAUUCACCCGCAGCUAGGUCGCUCGCCCGCCGCGGAUCCUCGGACGGCAGCUUUCUACCCUCAACGUAUUCUAGUCUAAAUGCGACAUAAAUUAAUUUUAUGGAUGCAACUAAUGUUAUGUUAUUGUAAUUAGUUAUAUGAACAUAUAGUAAGUGUUGUGAGCUUCGGAGUGUAUUGUAUUAGAGAUUUGUUGUACUCGACGCGUCCUCCCCGGCCAGGAUGCUGGCCGUCUCGGUUCGUACUCCUCUUAAACAUCCGACUGAUUCGUUCUUUUCAGUGUGUUUUCGUAAUGCAUUCCAAACACAGUAUUUAGAUUUACGCUUUGUUUUUUUUUUUAUCAAAAUUUUAAUGCUUACGUUUUAAGUGUCCUUUAACAGUGAACGGUAUUCGAUAUGUAUCUUAAUAAGUCUCUGUAAUAUAUAGUUAUUAUUUUAGCUCCAAUUGUUUUUUUUUGUAUGUAUUCUUAUUUUUUUAAGUAUAGUUUUAUUGGACGCAAUGUAUUUAAUGCACAUUAUGUUUGGCCAAAAUCGACGGUAGAGCGAAAAGAGCAACAUUCAUCUGUAGCACUUCAACGUAACGAGUUGGCCGCGAGUCGCUCGUGAGCGCGAGGUGUGAAGAGCUCGGGUCGCUCUACCGCCCCAGUAACGUUGUUGUUUAAGUCCUUACAUCUUAGUUUGUAGUUAUUUAUAUUCAACUUCCGAACUAUUUAUUUGUUACUGUAUAAUUAUUUAUUCGGUGGUGAUCUUCGACCAUCCGAGGUGCCAGUAGAGGUCUCACACGUCCGUCUGUGAGUUGCGGUUUAUACUUACGACCACUCUAAUGAGGUCCUUCAUCUCUUCUCUGUCAGAAUCUCAUCUAUAUUGUCUAGCGUUUCUCCAAACUGAAUCCAGUGAAUUCUUCCUCGCUGUUGUCGGCACGUCGCCUGUCAGCAUGUACGGUGCCGACAGCGUCCCGAUGUGUGUAACGAUAGUUGUAACGAAUUUAUAUAAAUUUAUAAAUGGCCUGUGAAAUUAUUAUAAUGUUUUAGUAAAAUAUUAAUCUAUUUGUAUAAAUUUUAUAUAAAACAGCUAAGAAACGCUACGGGUUCAUGAAAUAUAUUUCAAUUUGAAAAUGA